GGAACAAAAUUGAGAAAUGAGAUCGCUGCAAAUAAUUCUCUUACUUGGAAUCAUCUACGUAGUUCAUGGCUUAUCGCCUUUUGAAAAAAGAAGAAACCCAAAUCAUGACGACGGAAUCGUGAUAUUUUUUAGCGGAGAAAUUCCAGAUGAGGACUUCAUCAAAGGAAACUUAACAAAUUUUUUUAAACAAUUAUCAGACAGGCUAAGCGAAGCAAGAGCAGCUAAUGCUUCUAAUCAGUUAGAAUGUCUAGAAGAUGAAGAUCCUGAUUUUAUAAAGAAUUCAAUAGUUUGGUCGAAUAAAAGUCAACCAAAUCCAACUAGUGAGACACACGAUGAGAAUUAUUUUACUGAAUUUCGGUUUGUCCUUGCUGAUGAUGCUAUUCUGAGAGUUUUUGCUGUGCUUGUAACUGUUUUAUCUUUGAUUCUCUGUUAUUUUAUCACAUAGAAUGAAAUAAAGAUUUUAGAAAACGCA